AUGGCGAAGCAAAAAAGCGGCCGCCCUGACUGGUUCUCGGUGGAUACUGACUCAGAUGCAAGCUCAGAGGAAGAGCCUACCUCGUCUGGCAUCACAGACGACAAGUCUUCGUCUUCCAGACCUGUUGAGGACUUGUCUUCCAAGUGUCAGCACCUGGAGCUAGACAAAGAAAAGCCAGACAGGGACAUUACUGGGUCCAGCAAACCUCCUGACCACGAUAGCUACGACAGUUUCAUGGACCAGAGCACCGAACAAGUGGAUAUGGACCAAGGGGCCACGGAUGUCGGUGAUGCAAGCAUGAAUAAGUCGCACGGCAUGUUUGAUAGUGACAAUCCACUAGGGUCGUGGACGAAGAACUACCGGUCUAAGUUCUUAGAUGAACUUCUAGCCUUCGAAGCGCCCGACACCCUCGAGAACUUGACAGUCUGCCGUCACUGCCACAAGAACCUGCCGACUAUACGCUGUGAAGACUGCUACAGCAGCACGCUCCGCUGUGAGGACUGUGCGAGAGAGUAUCAUUCCAAUCAACCAUUCCAUUGUAUUCAGAAAUGGAACGGUCGUUUCUUCGAACGUUCUUCUCUGGCCGCCAUCGGAUUCAAACUCCAACUAGGCCAUGAGGAUGCAUCGUUUUGCUGGCAUCGCAGCGAGAAAGCAUUCACCGUCCUCGAUCUCCGAGGUAGUCGAUACCGACCGUUCAUGCUUAUGGCUCGCGAAUGGAAUCACCUCAAGAUGUUGAAGCACGGGGCUCGCGGACAUGAUUCAAGUGGCAUUGCGGGUACUAAGGAUGGCGAACUGGCGGUGCUCUGCCCCGCCUGUCCUCAUCCGGGCAAGAACCUGCCGGACGACUGGAUGUCCUGCCCACCAGAAAAGCGGUAUCCCUUUUUAUUUCUAAUGAGCCCUUUGGCCCCUGUCUCAUCGAUCUUAGGGACGUCUCCUCUGCUGAAGUCGACCCGAGCUUAUCGCACGGUUGGGCAUACAUGGUCGACUAACAAUGUUCGUCAGGAGAAAAGCACUUGUGUUAGCCACAAUGCGGUGAAUAUGGCCGAUACGAAGUCAUCAAAGGGCCUUGCAUCAACUGGCAUAGGAACAGUUGAUUGCGUGCGACACAACAUGAAGCGUCCUCGGAGUGUAGGUCAUCUUCAAAAGGGAGAAAGAUACGUUAACAUGGACUUUUUAUUUGUUUUGAGUGUCGCCGACUCAGAGGUGGUCAAGAUCGUGGUAUCCUAUGACAUCGCCUGCCAGUGGAGUUUGAACCUCGCAGAACGCAUCAAGAAAUAUCCCCAUACGUGUUACGUGGCGGAAUCAAUCUUGGGCAAGUGUCUCGUCUUUCUGGUGCCGAAGUUCCACCUCCCAGCGCACAUCGAGAAAUGUCAAAUCAACUUCUCGUUCAACCUUAUGCCGCUGGUGGCUCGGACGGACGGCGAGGCUCCAGAGCAAGGUUGGUCUGACAUGGACCCGCUAGCCAACAGCGCCAAAGAGCAAGGACCAGGCACUCAGAUAGACACGUUCAACAGUCACUUCGGUGACUAUAACUGGAAGAAAGUCUAUGGAAUGGCUGUGGCACUGAUGUCAAAGAUGGACAGGGUCCGGCCCGAGCGACUUGAGCAUCACCGAUAUAUUCAAGAUAUGGAGAAGAUGGCUUGCGCAACAUUCCCCGGGCGCCUAGCAGAGUGGAAAGCUGAUAUGGCGGCAUGGGAGGAAGACCACUCUCAGUCCAACCCCUUCCAGCCCCGAGAGCGCAAGAUCACAAUGCCAAAGACGAAGCUGAGACUCGCUCAGGCUGAGGCGCAGUCCAUCAGCUCCGGCACGAUUAUGGGAAAUCAUGGUGACAUCUCUCACAGCGAGUUUAUCUUGGAAGGGAUGGACUUGGAGACGUGGAUGCGCAAGUUGACCGCCGAUAAAAAAUCACUGAACGCUCAUUCGACGGACCAUGAGAAGUCAAAACUCCAGCAGCGCAGGCUCAUCAAGUAUGCAGCCGUUCAAGGUUCGUAUAUGCCCUUUGUGGCAUGCAUGCGUGAGCAGGCCAGCCUUCAGAGCUCAGAGGACGGUAAUACUGGCCCCCUAUCAUUUACCCUAUGGCUUCCCAGCGCUCUGCCGCCCACUAUGACAUGCGACACCCUCCUACUACAGUGCGAGUGGGAUCUGCGAUACACUCAAGCUCACGACACGCUUGAGGAACUUCGCGACGCGCUGCGGCUGCAAAAGUACAUGCUGAGCUUCAAGGACUGCUUCCUAUGCGGUCAAGGCGCGAGUACCCGUGCUCGCGAAUCCCUCAAGGUGGUUGAUGGAGACAUCCUCGCAUCCACCACCACAUACCGCGUCGCAUGGUCAGCUUUACACUCGCUAGCCCUGAGGCUUUCAAAAUCUGGAUGGGAAGAGGAGCUCCGUGAACUUCGUCAAAGGGAUAUUUGUGCGAUGGGUGAUCUCUUACAAGGUCAAACACAAGGAACUACUUCGACAUCAUGGAUAUGGAUUAAUCCAUCAGUCGCGGAUGGGAAAGAUAAAGGACUCCAAGAUUCCCUUCGGAUUGAAUGGUGCAAGUCCCACGUGCGAGCUAACAGGUGGAAUGAAGAGUUUAUCCUCCUUAAAGAAGAGAUGAGACACGUACUUCAAUUUCUACAGUGGCAGGCCGAUUGGUGGCUGGACAAGAGUGUGUUGUCUACGGAUGAGUCCGUGGCGGAGGGGGGUGUAAGUAAAAGAACGGCAGCACUAGAGGUAUUGAUCACUCACCAGAGCUGGGGACAGGAAAGGGGACACUGUUGUUUGAUCAUUCAUGGGAUGUGGGGCCAACAUGAUCAAUCAACGCAACGAGGAAUGGAGAAAGAGAGCAAACGGAAUGAUCAACAAACGGGAGAGGUGAUGGUGUCGGCGGGGCCAGCAAGGGAUCAAUCAAGCAGGAUGACUGAUCAAUACGGGACGGUACAAGGAGCUGGUGGGACUGGCCACACGAGUGAUCAAUCAGUCACCUCAGAAGGGGAGACCGAUCAAAUGUGGGCGGACAGAACAAUCACGUGGGCAAUCAGCGGUGCGAAGAUGCCGGCGGCGGGACCUGGCGGGACAGGGCAACUACGUUACAGUGGACAGACGGGCAGACAAGCUAUAGUUACUGACACUGGUGCCAUCAUCGUGUUUGCCCUCUACAGCCGACGGGUUCCUUACAUUGGCACUGGCGAUGAAGCUCAAGGACGACAAGGUGCGCAAGCAGCGCAUGAAGAUGGAGGCACAGGCAAAGCGCCAGACGCAGCUCCGCCCUUCGCAGAGCAUGGCACCGGCAGCGUGCAGACGUCCAAGAUCUCUCUUCCUGCCCUUCCCCAAAAUUAA